GGGCUAAUGAGUAUUGUUUGGGUUUUUACUCAUUUGACUGUGUAAAAAGGUUUUGCUUUUGUGGGUUUCAUUAUAAUCAGACGUUCCGAAUUUUUCAACUGUUGAAGGAUACACUAAACGGCCAUGAACAAAGCCUGAAUCUUUUUCUUUCCGGAGAAGAAUUGAGUUAUUAAAGUUUCUUCCUUUCAAAUUGGCAUUUCAGUUUUUGAUUGGAUUAAUAAAGACAAAGAACGGAGCUAUGAAGCGAUUCUUCAAGCCCAUCGAGAAAGACGGCUCAUCGGCGCCUAAGAAGCCCUGCCUCUCGCCGGAAGACGGUGUUGAAGAAGGAAAGAACCAGAAAGAGCCGACAAAGUUUGUAACUUGGAACGCUAACAGCUUCCUCCUUCGUGUGAAAAACGACUGGUCCGAGCUCUCUAAGUUCGUCUCCGAUUUCGAUCCUGAUGUCAUUGCCAUACAGGAGGUAAGAAUGCCUGCUGCUGGUGGCAAGGGUAAACCUAAAAACUACGGCGAGUUGAGCGAUGACACCAAAGCUUUGCGUGAGGAGAAACAGAUUUUGAUGAGGGCUCUCUCAACUCCACCAUUUGGAAACUAUCGAGUUUGGUGGUCUCUUGCGGAGUCCAAGUAUGCAGGGACAGCCUUGCUAGUUAAAAAGUGUUUCAAGCCCCAUAAAGUUUACUUCAACCUAGACAAACUAGCAUCUAAACAUGAACCUGAUGGUCGUGUAAUCUUAGCUGAAUUUGAGACGUUUCGUCUGUUGAACACGUAUUCGCCUAACAAUGGUUGGAAAGAGGAGGAGAAUGCGUUUCAGAGGAGAAGGAAAUGGGACAAGAGGAUUGUUGAGUUCCUCUCCCAAACCUCUGAUAAACCUCUAAUAUGGUGCGGCGACUUAAAUGUCAGUCAUGAGGAGAUAGAUGUUAGCCAUCCAGAUUUUUUUGCAACCGCAAAGCUUAAUGGUUAUGUUCCUCCAAACAAUGAGGACUGCGGACAGCCUGGAUUUACACCAUCAGAGAGAGCACGCUUCGGUACAAUCAUGAAAGAAGGAAGGCUUGUUGAUGCAUACCGGUAUCUUCACAAGGAACCAGACAUGGAAAGUGGGUUCUCAUGGUCUGGGAAUCCUAUUGGAAAGUACAGGGGAAAGAGGAUGAGGAUCGACUAUUUUCUGGUUUCUGAACAGCUCAAAGACCGUAUAGUUUCUUGUAAGAUGCACGGUCGUGGGAUAGAAUUAGAAGGUUUCUAUGGUAGUGAUCACUGUCCGGUUUCACUUGAGCUUUCGAAGCCAUCUUCAUAUACGGAAGAGAACCAGGUUUCUAACUGAAACCAUCAUCUUCUGUAAUAGAAAACGAGCCUUUUUUAGACUCAAACCAAAGCUUGUUUUAUCAGAGUUGAGCUUAGAUGAUCUUUUAAUUUACUUUUGAAAGACAAAUAUUUAGGUUGAUGUUAUUGAGACACUUAUUUGGCCUUGAGCUCUCAAAGGUGCUACUUAUUAAUUAUUGUUGUGAUUUUACAAACAUUAAUAUGCUUCUAUUUCUAAGAAAUGUAGAUAUUCUACA